AUGAGCGAGCCGCACACAGCACCGUCAACGCCGCGUGUAGUACCCGGCGCCCCUCCGCCUGCGGUAUCAAAAAGCCAGGCGAAAAAACGGCGCAAGGCAGCCAACGCCAGCGUCGCGCUGCCCGACAGCACCGCAGCGGCGCUGACCGAGAAGGCGCCAGAACCGACUGACAUCGCAGCCGGAGCUGUGGCGAACGAGCUCGUGGCCCAGCCGCCAGUAAAUGGUGACGCCGCGGCGGCCUCCCCCGCCACACCUGCAGCGGCAGUGGACGCCGAGUCGCGCAAGCCUGGCGCGGUCGAGGAGCUUAUUACGAAGCGCAUCAAGGCAACCUCGAAAAAGAUUUCCCGAAUACAGACAUACGCGUCUACUCCGGAUGAUCAGCUCAACGAUGAUCAGCGCCGCGCACGCGCGACUCUCUCGGGACUCGAGGCUGUUGCAAAGGAGCUCGAGGAAGUCCGUAAAGUCGUGCAGACGCAUGAGUCGGAGGUCGAGCGAGAGCGCGCGGCGAUCGAAGAGGCUGCCGCAGCGCGUGUUGCAGCGGCCGAGCGCGAUGCUCAGGAGCGUGCAGCUGCGCUGUUCACUUUCUUGCGCUUACACGGGGCGCUCGCUGCUCAAGAUCCUCGCCUUGGUUCUCUCGGACUUAUUGAAGCGGAACAUAACGCCAUCUUCCAUGCUGGUCACACCCUUUUCCAUGACUUCGGCGACGCACGCGCUGCACUCGUUGGCGGACUCAUGACUGGUGACGGCGAGUUCCACGGUGUACCCCAUUCGCGUUUGCUUGAGCUGUCAACUCAAUACAUUCAGCUUCCCGUAUAUGCGCCCGAGAUGCCCGUACCUGAACCUGUUGUCGAGGUCGUUGCAGUAGGCAUGCCGGAGCCUGCACCAAGUGGCGGUAUCUCCUUCAUGACCGAGAGCGAGAUCGAUGUUACUACUUCCGAGAGUCAAGAGUGGGUCAAGGUCGACGGUAGUGUCGAGACCCCCGUUAUGCCCACACCGGAGCCCGCCGUUGACAUCGUGUCCGUUGAAGUCGAGGUUGAGGUUCCUGCUCCGCCCAUGCCAAGACCUGAAAUUGAGAGACAAGGGACGCUCAAUUGGGCCGAGGACGACGACGAAGACGGGUUACCAUCUAUCGCGGGACUCCACGCGACAUUCGGUACGUCCGGCGCUGCAACACCAACGGCGCCACUCGAGCCUACAGCACCUACAAUGCCCGAGGCUCAGCCGGCCUUCGCACCCGCCCCCACACCUGGCGCUGCCCCGACGUCUACACCUGCUCCUGCGCCACCCGCACCCGAGGAUGACGGCUUCGUCAGUGUCGGGAGGGGCCGUGGUGGUCGUGGCGGCCCUGACCAAAAUCGUGGCGGACGGGGCUUCCGUGGUGGCUUCCGCGGCGGUGACCGCGGCAACUUCAGAGGUGGUGAUCGCGGCGGCUUCCGGGGAGGUGAUCGCGGUGGAUUCCGUGGCGCUGGAGGAUUCCGCGGUGAUGGUGAACGAGGAGGGUUCCGUGGCGGGCGUGGCGGCUGGAGAGGUGGCGAUGAUGGCGAGUGGCGCGGACGUGGGCGUGGUCGCGGUCGUGGUGGCUUUGAGCCUCGCGGCGGCCCGCCACCGAACGCAUAG